AUGGCGCCCAACGGCCAGAGGAGAGAGGAGGAGGAGGCCCCCGCCUCCUCAAGCGACGCUGUACGUAUUCAGGGCGUGCUCGUGGCCGCCAGCCUCCCAGGCGCGCGCACGUCUUCCUCGCCGACGUCAUUCCGGUAAGGCUCUCGUAAGUGAAGUUGAGGGCGGCUGAGGGUAAGCGAGGUAAGGACGAGAUAAGGAGGGGAGAUUCUGCCGCGUUACUUACCGGGGGUGCCGUGGGGCGCACUAAAGCGACCGUGGCUGGUCACCGGGAGGCCAACGGGCGAGUAACAAAAGGCCGCGGUUGUUCGGCCUGGUAUCUACCUCACAUUGGCGGGGUGGCUGCGCGCAUGCGUCUUUCGAUUCGGUUGCCCGCCACGGCGCAAGCGCACUGGGCAUUUGAAAGUCAAGUCGGCGGGGUGUAACGUCGCGGUGAGUUCCGCCGUUCCCACAUUUCUUUCUGGACAUGCUGCCACCCCUGUUUUCCGUGCAUGUUUACUUGCGGAAACCGUCCUGCGAGCUCAGUGGGCCUUAGUCGCGUCGCACUUAAGAGCACGCCCCAUUGAACACAGCGAGGGUUCCCUUCUGAGUAGGCACGCAUAGGAUCCUGCUGCUCGAAUUAAGAGGGGAAAUGUUUGGUUGCCAAAUCUGCAGGGUAGGCAGACGUUUUACAGGCGUGUAUAAAAAGUUGGGCAAAUUUUACGUUCUUGAAGUCAAUGCACAGGACCAAGUUUGUAGGUCUUUGGAAAAUAAAGGGGGAAAGGCUGCUUAAAGCAUAGCAGAAACACUUGCUACAUAGCUGGCCGUGGUUCCAUCACCUCCCUCUCCUCACCUUCCAGCAUUUUGUAUUCAAAUAGAAAAUAUAUUAAUGACUUACAGUUGACACUUGCAGUGACCCAGAAUAUAGUAAAUAAAAUGUCUAUCCUGCUUUAUUGCCCUCAUGAUAUGAGGUAAUUAUCAUCGCAAACAACAGCGACGAGGCAACUGGGAAGCUAGCCCAACUGAGAGUAAAAAGAAUUCACUGGGGCUGGGAUCAGUCUGCUAGGCAAACCAAAGGAUGUACAUAGAUAUUGAUUUAUUCUUGCAAUAGUUCUGUGAAGGUCACAUUCUAUACAGAACAGAUAGUUCAAUUAACGAACUAGCUAAACAGAAUGUCUGUGCUUGUAUCUGUCAUGUCAAGAAGUGAACCCCUGAUUGUCCAUAUGUAAUAAGUGCUUGUGCAAGGGGGUGGCUUUUUUAUUGCAAACCAGCAGAGCCUAAAGGUAGUUGCAUGACUGUCUUUUGGUAGCUUAUCAUGUCUACGUGGGCACCUGGAAACUGUUUCAGUGCAAGCGUGUCAGUGCAUGGUUGAAAAGAAAACCCUCAAGAUGGUACUCAAAAAUGUAGAGAGCGUUUAAUAAGAUGAUGAAUUCCCCAAUGAGUUUCAUUAGAAGUCAUUCUUGAAGGCACAAGAAUUCAGUUGGUUGGGUUACUCCAAUAGUACAGCACCUCUCCCAUUUGCUGACCUUGUGGUCUCAGUAUGGCACGUGACAUCAUGGGCAUAGCCAGCCCAGGAUUUAUGUUGAGGGGCAGGCUUUAUAUUAGAGGACAGAACCUCAGUUAAGUAUUUUUAUUGAUUUACUUGAUUUCAGGGGGGCAGCUUCUCCCCCCCUUAGCAACACCCAUGUGUGUAAUCAAGUGACAAGGAAAGUGUGUUCAGAAAAGUUCUAUUCAGCUGAAUGCAUGGGGGUGCAAACUCAACCCAUCCACCCAUCAGCAUUAGCAUCCACCCCUGGCACUGAAUGCAGGUUGAGUUGAACGCAGCCUCCUUGUGAUCAUAACCUGUGUUAUCAGAAUUCCUGAUUGUGGAGAGGUUUUUAAGUAUGUUAAGUUGAAUAUGCUUUGGAUCUCCCUUCAGACUUUUGUGCUGAAUAUGGCAUGGUUGGGAGUGGAGAGUGUGGGGCCAGGUGUGUUGGGGGUGGCCUAGUGACCUCUACAUAUUUUGUACAGCUGGACACCUAAACAGAGCUAAAGUGAUUCUUGUUUCACUAUCUGAAAACUUCUUUCCCCACAGUAGCCACUAACGUUGAGUUAAAAGUUCCUCAAAAUGUCCUGCAGUUCCAUGUCAGGACACAAUUUAAAGAUACAGAUUUCGUUCUGCCUAACUUUCACCCUUCUUGCCUCUUUUAGAUGGUGCCCUCCCUCAUUACUUCAUUAAACUGACCUGAUUUGCACAUCAUUUUGUGCCAAACUAUGGCUUAGAGGAAACAGGUGUAUGGGCUCUUGGAAAGCCAUUUUGCUCACAUCCAGACUGGGGCUCAUAUUUAAGCUCUCUUAAACCACAAGCUGUAACCGAAGACCAAGGAUGAGCAGAGUGGCUGUAGGGUCCUCUCCCUGAGCCCUGUGCGGUCCUACUAGGCCAUAGUUUGAUAACAUGUAAGCCAAGCCAUUGUUGAUCUCUUCCAGGAGUUUGAGCCCUUGGCUGCAAAGUAAGGGGAAAGUGUGUUGUGGGGCUGGGGCGGGAGAAGCAAUCUCUUUUUUAACAAUAGGAUGCAGAAAUUGGUUAGGUUUGUGUCUUUAAAUCUUUUCUUUAAACCUGCUGACACCUAGCUCAAAAUUUGUGAGGCUAUUUGCUACCUACAUCUACUAACAAAGUAGUUACUACACAGUGGAAUGAACCAACCUAGUAAUAGGUCUUGCUCACUGGCCUACAACUACGUAGCAUGAUGAGUGGUCCUCUCCCAAUUGUGACCCCACAAAGGUGCCCGCAUAUCUAUGCCUGGCUCAGUGAUAUGGGGAAACACUGAUGGCCGACCCUACUAGCUUCAGACAUGUUAUGCUAUCUCUGGUGGACACUGAAGCCCCCGUUGAGGCUAUGAGGAGGUUUGCUCAAAGACUGAAGAGGUACAGUAUGAAGGUAGCUGGCAGUCUGAGAACUUUAGCAAGAUAUUUGUGGGGACACACCCCUCCAACUAUUCCGAUGUUGGUUCUGUUUCUGGGAAAUGCCUCGUGUUACAGCCAUUUAUUUCAUAUCUCAUAUAAGCAAUGGUAUAUCGCUCAAAGGGCCAAACUAGAUGUGACAUUUUUCAUGUUUUUAGCCCUGACAUGGCUGGUUGGUUUUUUUAAAAAAUAGUCAAUGUGAGGAAGAGCUAGAUGGGGGUGUGGCCCCUGUCGCAUGCUGACAGCUUCUAGGAGCCACAGAUGAGAGCUGAGUGCAGGGUGGGGACCAAGGAGGACAUACUGCCCCAGCAGGAGCACAUUGUGUCCCCCACCAGAGGUAUUACCCCUCCCCUAACACCCCAUACACCCCCCCACAAGGCUAAAGGCAUGUACAAUGUCACAUCUAUUUUUAACCUAUUGAUUCUUUUGCAUUUGUUCGGGUUCUAAUAUCUGUCUGCUGUAGAUUAUUUGAUUUCCUUCUGACCAUGUUUGCUUGAAGGGUAGAGAGCAACAGCAAGCGUCUUCUAGUGGCUUAGGUGAUACAGCAAGUCUCUGACUGGGGCAUUUUUAUAGGUUGUGAAGUGCCGCAUGAUUCACUUGGGUGCACUUGUGGCUUCCUGGUUGGUUUCCCUGCAGUUCCUUUGUUUGCUCAGAGUGUGGCAGUGGCGCCCAUGAACUGAGUUUCCACCCCAAGUUCAGGACUUGCUGUGCAUGCCUUCAUUACAUUAUUAUAUUACAUAUCCUCUUGUAUUUUGUGGGAUUUCUCUGACUACAAAUUGCAUGAAGCCACUUGUUGCCUUACAGAGGUAAGGAGAUUAACAGUACAAUUCUGUGCAUCAUUAAUUGGAAGUAAGUCCUGAUGAUUUAAAUCGGAAUUGCUUUCUAGCAGAUGUGCAUAGGUUUGCAUGGUUUGUGUCACAAUACAUUCGUUAGUCUUUAAGGUGUUGCAAAACACCUUGAGGUGUGUGGUUUUUCUUUUGUCACAACAGACUAACACUACAUUGCUACUCUUUUUGAACUUGCUUUCAUAAAGACCCCCAAAAGUGCCUUUUUUGAAUCUGCAGUAGCUGUGAUUCUAACCGGAACUUAAUUGAUGCAAGCACAUUUCAGGUUAUUAACCUAUGUCUGUAACCAUAUGAGAUAGAAAGAGGUUUGGGGUAUGUUGAUGGGUUUGCAUAGCAGCAGAGGAAUACUUGAAAUGCCCAGGACCUUUCAGAGAGAGAGAGCCUACAUUUACAGUCCAAAGGUCAGCUACUUGAAUCUUCAUGCUUAACUACUUAGAGAGAUUCUAGUUGUACUAGAUUUCUUUCCUUUGUUUAUUUCAAAAUCAGUGAACCGGUUUUCCCAAUAUUCUCUAUCCUGUUGCAGAGAAGACACUGAAGUCUUUUAAAAAGAAGGCUAUAAAACCCCUGUCUGGCUUAUAGGCCAUCCAGUGACUCCUGUGUACCUCAGAAUUGAUAGCUUUGUUGGCUUAUACUAGCUAGGACAACACAAGGAAAUACAAGCUCACAAAAAGCCAUCCUUGAUUGGAUUAAUUUACUGCUCCCACUGUGGCCAGCUUUUGGAAGAUGUAUUUCCUCCAGCAAAUGCUUGGGUACCAUGCUGAGCCAUUGAUCAGGUAGUCAUUGGAGUAUGGCGAUUUACAAAUGUGAAAUGGGCUGCAUGGCUCAUAAAAGAGGAAGGAAGAUGCUGUACAUAAUUGUGGUAGAUCUGGAAUGGAUAAUAAAAACAGUAGGUAUUCAGUGACUAAACAGACAGCAAUUGCUUUAACUGUGUUAUGUGUGUUGUAGGUUGUUUUUUUUAAAAAAAAACUUACAUUAACAGCUUAAAAGAGCAUUUUCUUUAGGUUGUGGGAGUAGUUAAUACUGUAAGAUAGCCGGCUCCACAAAACAACCUAAAGGUUUUGUAUCUUACUUUUAAAAGAUUUUAUAUAACAAUAAGGACUUCAACUGGGGAAGGUAACUGAAACAGCUUUAAGGCCUCUCCAGCCCAUGUUAAUGCAGGAAAUGUGAGGAGGUGGCAUUGUAGAUCUAAGGGUGUUUUUGUUAGGGGGAGGGGGCUGAAAAAAUGUUUCAUUUAUUCACAAGCAAUGCUUAGAUUGGGUUUUACACUUGCUGUAUUUCUAAGCUGUAUGAAGAGUUUGUGUUGACUAGGCUUUCCCCAUUAUAAGUAAAAAUGGCUCUUUUCUGGUUUUCCUUUUGCAUAUUCUAAUAAUAUUCAUUCUGGCGGUGAAAUGGUGUCCUUAUCAUUGCUUCUGUCCUUGAAUAGGUGGAUGACCCAAAAGGAAAGAAGCAGUGGGAGAAGUCCACUGCAUGGCAUUUAACUUGUCAUAUCCAGUUCCUCUUCCUGCUAUCUGAUUCCACAAGGUGUUUGGUAACCAAUUCAGAACAUUACCCAUCUUUGUUAGCCUCUGAUAGUGAAAAGAAUCCUGUGGCAUCUUAGGGCCAAUUCUUUUGUUACUUUCUGCACUUGAGAACUGGUAUCUGGAAUGUGAAAUAAAUGUGCAUGGCAUCUCUAAAAAAUGGCACACACCUAUAUAAUGCACAGCUUUUUGCCUGCAAAACACACCCAAGUGGCUGGAGAAGCUGUGAGCACUUGGCUCAGGAGUGUUUUGCACGUUAAAGCUCAUUAUUUUAUAAUGAUUUCAAUCUGUUCGUGAUCACAAUACCAAGUUCCUGUCUAGGAGCACCUAAAUUUCUAACAGUGAAGUUAAGAACAUGUGAACCUAAUGCGUCCUGGACCCCGGGAGAUUCAUGGAAACUUCUCUGGGCUUUGUAAACUGCUUUGAGGUUUUUUCCUACAUUCGAGCAGUGUAUGCAUUUUAUUCAAUAAAUAAAUGCAAAUAAUAUAAUGAAAUGCAUGACAUUGACCUUGGCCUUUGAGGUGCCACAGAACUCCAAAGUUUGGGUUUCUGCAUUCUGGCUGCCACCCAGUGGUGAAAGUUUGUAUUGCAUUUUGUUUCUAAGAGCAAACAUGUUGCGAGCAAAUGGAGUAGUAGGGUACGGAUACAUAUUGUGGCAAAAGGUGAAGAAGAGUCAAGACUUGAAAGUUGGGGAUGGUGCUGUGGCUGCUUGUGGUCCAAAUAUUCUUAUGCAUUCCUGAGAACAAGAGCACCUGUAGCUUUUGUUUGUUUGUCCUACAGAUGCAGAUUCAAGUUUUAUAUAUUCAUCUUCUACCUCUUAAUUCCUAAUGGGUUUAAAGAAACCUGGGUCCCAAGGUUAAACUGUUUGAUUUCUGUAGACUCUCUCUUUUUUUUUUUUUUUAGAAAAAGAAAAGCAGAAUACCCAGCUGCAUAUUUUUCUACUUGACAGUGUUUGUAAGACAAAUCUAUUUUGAUUUUUAAAAUUCUGCUGCAAUCCCAUUCUCUCUCUCUCUCUCUCUCUCUCUCUCUCUCUCUCUCUCUCACACACACACACACACACACACACACACACAUAUAUAUAAUUGAGCCAUUUUUUUGUUGCCAGCCUUUGGUUAAGUGUACAUAGUGCCAAGCACACUGCAACAUGUCCAGCAUUUUCUUUGAUGGCAGGCUUGCCCACAUCUUCUGUCGAGAGGUCCAGCAGUUGCACUUCUCCCCGGAGCCACAGUAUGUGGGUCACUCAGAGUUGCUGGGUGGAGGUGGAUGGUGUGGAACAUGCAAUCAUGUUUUGCUCUGAGUACCUGACUUGAUGAGAACUGUCUGAGUUUUAAAGCCCUGCAGCACUUCAAUAAAACUACUAUUUAUUUGAAUGAAUGAUGCUUUAACCUGUUCUCAGUGUCUCAUCCUUGGGAUGUUAGGCCACAGCCUGCACUGCGGAGAAUAAUCAUUUCUGUCGGCAUGGUGUCCCAUCAGAUUGGAAGGAAUUUGCAUCACUACCUAAGCUACAUGUAAUCUGGCUAUCAGGGACAUAACUUUGGUUAAAACCUUUCCUGGUACAAAGGUCUCUGUGGUGUCUGAAAUAGUGUGAAUUCAUGCAGCUGAUAUGUAAGCUGCCAUGCCUCUCUGUUAUCAUUUAUAUUUAACAAUCGGCAUUAACUAUGUUGAGUAUAAUUAGUAUAAAUUAAGUUUUCAGCAAGUUAAUCCUUUUCAAAUCAUAUUGCUGUCUUAGCUCAGACUUUGUGCUGGGUCACAGAAGAUGUGUAGCACAGCCUCCAGCUUUGAUCUAUUGAGUUAUGUAAACUAGCUAAAUUGUGGGAGGCGGAUUUACACUGCGCUCCCUUUGAAUCUUGAUGUGUUUCAAUAGUAUGGUCUGGUGGGGGAAUUAAAAAGUUGCCAAUUCUAGCUCAAAGGCACACAGCUAUAUUGUGAUUGUGUGAUCUGUUUUCUCAGCUUGCAAUCCUAAAUACACAGACUUAGAAGCAGGCCCCAUCGAUAAUGGUAGAGAUUACUGUGUUUAAGAAGAAAUAAAAUAAUAAUAAAUAGUCCAGUAGCACCUUAGAGACCAACUAAGUUUGUUCUGGGUAAAAGCUUUCAUGUGCAUACACACUUCUUCAGAUACCAAUGGAUUUCCAUUUCCUGUAGCUCAGUGUGGUGCCUUCCAUGAUUCUAGAUUCAGGUAGAUAGCCGUGUUGGUCUGACGCAGUUGAAAUAAAAAAAUUAAAAAAUAGUCCAGUAGCACCAUAGAGACCAACUAAGUUUGUUCUGGGUAUAAGCUUUCAUGUGCAUGCACACUUCUUCAGAUAUGUUUAAGAAGAUUUGUUUUAGGUUGGGUUGGCAGUCUCUGAAAUUGGUUUUUCUGUCACUGUUCUCGUAAUCACAGGCACCUAGAUUUUGUGGGUUUGCAAUUUAAUUUGAGACAUGGGUCUGGAAUAAAUACGUUGACCUUCCUUCUAGCCUAGGAAGCAGGGCUAAACCUUUUGACCAGAAGCUGGUACUAGACUGGCCACUUGAGCUACACUGUUCCCUUGCUAAGACAAACAGAACAUUACCUCAAGCCAAGUCCCCCAUUAAUUUGAAUAUAUUCCCCAAUUACCUUAUGUGUGAACAAAAUGCUGUUUCCCCCCAGUUAACUCAGCAGUGUGCUGCUACACUCCCUCCACUGAUAGCCUCACAUAAUGUAAACAACAGCACAAGAAGAAAGCAAUCAAGAUGAUACAUACACUUGAAGCACUUGGUUUUCAUGUCUUCCUUUCUCUUGCCUUUAGGUUCAGAUUGAGCAAAAUGGCUGCCUCUUCGUCAUCGUCUUCGGCUGGUGGAGUUAGCGGAAGUUCCGUAACUGGGUCUGGGUUCAGCGUCUCAGACCUUGCUACACCAAGAAAAGCUCUCUUUACGUACCCCAAAGGAGCUGGCGAAAUGUUAGAAGGUAACUGCUCUGCAUAUCUCCUCCUUUUGCGUCAAGGCAAUAAAAAGGGCACUGCUAAACAUCACAUAAACUUUCACCCUUGUGCCUGUGCAGCAGGGGCUUCUGUAGGUCGUUACAGUAAGGUGGUUUUCUCUUGGUGCAGGCGAGAGUGGUUAAGAGCCAGGAGAUAGUAGCGGUAAAACAGUUUUGUGUGUGGCAUACGGGCUCUCAACUUAAGCUGCUUUCCAGGGAGUGAGCCCCAAUAAACCUGGCGGGACUUUACUUCUGAGUAAACCUGCUCAGGAUUGCCCUGUGCCGUGUGCAUUCCAGUGGAGCUUGUGCUACUUUUGUUAUCCCUUUGCAUCUGUUCAACGUGCAUAGUUGGAUGGAGUCGUUCGCCCAGUAAGCUGCAUUGAUUCCAGGCACCACUCUGCUGAUGUUGCAUUGCUGAUCUGAUCUAUUGGGUUUGGAAUGUCGGCGAUGUAUGAUUUGCACCCUUGUUUCAGGAUUCGCUGCAGAUAAUUAUAGAGCCCGUUUGGAUACUUAGGAGCUGCCCGGUAUUAGCCAGGAGACUGCCUGUCUCGGAGCCUCUGGGCUCAUAAAGGAGAGCAUGCAACCACAGCACCUUCUACUCAGUUAAUGCUUGACCCAUCUUUCUGUCCUGCCUUCUGCGUCAAACAGGACUGGUUGUGCUCUGCAGCAGGCAAGAUAAGCCAAAGAGGUAAAGUCAGAGGCUGCAGCAUCUCCAAGCACUUAAACAGACAAGCAAAGUUUUUAGGUUAGCAUCUGGCAAUCCUAUCAGUAAUAGAUCUCCAGACACACUUAAGGACAUCAUAAGAGCACAGCUAAAUCUGGUCAAAGGCCCAUUUAGUCCAGCUUCCUAUUCUUACAGUGGCCAACCAGAUACCUUAGAGGAAGCCUACAAGCUGGACUGGAGUGCAUCAGCACUCUCCCCAUAUGUUCCUAUUUUGCCUUGGCAGUUCUUGGAUUUUUCUCCUCCUCUUGCUUACACUUACCCAUCUUCUCCCUGCUUAAACCUUGAGUUCAAGCAGGAAGACGCAAAAGCAUUUCAUUCCCCCGCCUUUACAGAGUCCCAAGUAGUCUUUAGACUCUUGUAAGGGCACUUUGCCUUUUGACUGAAACUCAGACUUUAUUUCAGUGGCUUAGAUUUCUUGGCCAGUAUGCUAUGCUGUCAGUACAAUUGCUCAGGCUUGAUGGAUGGUGGCCUGUUCAUUAAGAUCUGAGGCAGUAGCUACUGCUUAGCAAUGCAAAUACGUAUCAGUCAGAAUAAAGCUGCCCUGGGUUCUGCUGCUGGAGCAAGAUAUUGAAUUCUAGGUAGCUUUAUACUUACCUGUAUGUCUCUUAAUCCUUGAAAGCAAUAGAUUGCUAGUAUAUGUAAAGUUUCAGUAUAGAUUAUAUUUAUUAGGAUAGAGUUGGCCAUUUCCCCCAACAGCUCAGGACAGUUAACAGUAUGACAGCAAGAAAGGAUGGAUCCUCCUUACAUUUACGUUUUAGGAGUAGGAAUGGAACUGAAUUGUACAAUUACUCUCACGCAUAGCAAGAACAAAUUAUAUGCUUAUUUAUCCAAUUGUCAUAUCUGGGUAUGGCAUGGUCUGCUUUUACAAGCUGUCUUCCCUAUAACAGGUGGCUCACAAGUCUUACCAAUAUCAGGAAUAGGAUGCACCGUUCAGCUGUGGGACUUGAAUCUGAUGUGUCCUUAAGGUUUGCAAUUGGCGGCAGUUUCCAGACUCACUCAUCCUAGGUCUUUUUGCUGAAAGAAUGACUCUUUUCCCCAUAGGCAUUUCAAGACUAAAAACUAACAUAUUGAAACAACACAAGGCAUAAGCAUGGGGACUUGCUUGUCGCCAAAAAAAAUAGCUUUGGAAGCACUUGCCAUCACAUAGUGUAGCUUCUCCAUCCAAGGAUGGUAGGCAUUUAUUUUUUUAAAAAACAGAAAGUUGGGAUGGAACUCUUCCUUUAUAAAACAUGGCAGGAUGGGUGGGUAUAGUUGCUGUUUCCUUUCUUGAGAGGUAGUUGCUUUUCAUUAGAGUUUUAUAUGCAGAGUUCGGUGUGGGAGGGAAGAGCAUUGUACUCUGUAGAUCAUGCCAUCACUUUGCAUGAAUACUUGCCAUGUUGCACUAAUUAUAUACUGUGUCACAACCCUAAUUAAUAUGUAUACAUAUUAGCAUCUGUAUGCCAAACUGUUGGAUUAAUUAAGAUUAAAUGCUUGUCCUCAAACUUAAUGAGCCUCUAGAACCAAUUAAAAUAUUGAAGUAUUUUUGUGUUACUGGGCAUGUGCCCAGGAGAGAAUGUCUGGUGAGGCUUUUUGUUCCCAAAAGAAGAAAUAAGACUCCUCAGCUGCCACAUAUAUUUAAGAGAAGUUAAAAAAAAAAAAAAAACCUUCCUACACUGAAAAUCACCCAUUAUCCUUCCCCCACUUUGUUGCAAAUAGUACUGGAAAAGUGUGGGGAGGGGGUGAUAGUUUGUGAGACUUAUACUAAAUGGAUUGCUCAUAUGAGGAGGGGAAAUGUAUGGCUCCACCACAGUUAGGAACGCUUAAUAUCUCCAAAGCAAUUGCCUCCACCACCCCCUGCCUUGUCUCAUGACUACAACAGUAAAGAUUAUCAUAGCUGGAGGAGAGAUUUCUGAUAAUUUAAUAAUAUUUUUCUGAUAGCAUAACGAUAAAUCAGCCUUGCCUAGAAUUGCUUACAGGGCUUCCUUAUUCGGGUGGGCCAGUUCAUGCCAUUUGUCAAGUCUGGCAGCAUGUUGAGCAAAGACGUGGAGCUUCUGGCCCUCCAGAUGUUGAUGGACUACCACUCUCCUCAUCCCUGACCAUUGACCAUGCUGGCUGAGGCUGAUGGGAGUCCAACAGCAUUCGAAGGGCCACAGGUUUCUUACCACGACCUCAUCAUGCCCUAAAGCAAGGAUCUCAGAUUGUAAUAUACCUUUCUGAGGGGAUACUAGACAAGAAACUGAAUUUUGAUUGUUCAAAGAGCAUACAGUAAGAUUGGCUGCAAGUUGGUGAAAUGCCAAAAGAACCAUAGUGUUAUGCAUCAUCUUUCAUGAAUUUUAAUAUGCAUUUCUAGCCCUGUGAUCAUUCACAUGGAUCAGAGUAUCUUAUCAUCCCCCCCCAAUCAAAGAUUGAAUGUUUGUCUCUCAGUAGUGUUUUCUACCUUUCCAUCAGGCAUUUGGUUGAAAUAAUCAACUAUUUGCAGACCUACACCCCACACACAGUUUAAAAGGCCAUUUAUUGUUUAAUUAGCCAAAGGGCUGGGACGAAAGACAUGCUUUUGCCUGGUGCCUAAGGAUAUGUAACAAAGGUGCCAGGUGAGCCUCCCAGGGGGAGAACAUUCACAAACAGGGAGCCACCACAGAAAAGGACCAUUCUUGUGUUGCCACCUUCCGGACCUCUCGUGGAAGAGGCAAACGAAGAAGGACCUUAGAUGAUGAUCAGAUGGAUGGUAUUAAAUAAAAUAAAACAAUCACAGGGUCUGGGUCAGUUCAUAUGGGGAGAAGCAGUCCUUGAGGUAUUGCAGUCCUGAGCCAUUUAAGGCUUUAUAGGUCAAAACCAGCACUUUGAAUUGGGCCCGGAAACUUAAUUGGCAGCCAGUGCAGUUGGGCCAGGAUUGGUGUAAUAUGCUCAAAGCAUCUUGCCCUGGCGAGCAACCUGGGCACUGAAUUCUGCACCAGCUGAAGUUUCCAAACCAUCUUCAGAGGCAGCCCCAUGUAUAACGCAUUGCAGUCAUCUAACCUGGCAGCGUUAGCACGCUUAUACCAUGGAACAUAGUAGACGCCCCCACCCACUCUGCAAAAACAAGCUGCUUGAAAGAGCCUGCAGUGCCUUCCUUGUACACGGAGGACUCCAUGGUUCACAGGUUAGGGAGACAGCAAUUGACACCUUCAGUCACAAGUUCCAGGGCUCCUCCAUGCACCCAAACAGAAGUUAUAAUCCCCUGGUAAUCCAGAUAUAGCCACCUGCAGCCCACAAAAGAUCCAAUUUUGUGAGGGAAAUGGGCAGAGAAGGAAGACGCCUCGCUUGAAUUGCAACAGCAAGCCCAUACAAGGGAUCGCAUGUGGAAUCCCUGCUUAUGGAUUCUUAGGAGAAUUGAAGUCACUGUUCCACUAAUCAGAGUGACGGGCACAGACAGUAGGGUCCUAAGACAAUGAUCCGCAUGUUUACUUGGAUCAUUGCCGGCACCUGCUGGUUAUUUCUCCAGCAGGCCUCCUGACUGAUUUUCUCUGCUCCUUCUCCUUCUUUGGUGAUCACUCUUGGCCGAGUAAGAUUGUCUUCAAUUAACACAGUCUUAACGGUGAGUCCGUAAGUGGCUGUGGAGGCCAAUUCUGGAUUCACACAUCCUUCCACAGUGGGGAUGUAGGUUUCUGGGUGGGAGUUAAUCAUGGUGAGGGUUUGCCAAAUGUACUUUCUUCUUAGCACAUUUCUCCCUUUCGUCCUGAAUUAGACACCAUGAGACCUUUGGUGAAGGCUGUUCUCCAACUGGAGCGCUCAUAGACCAGUGUUUCCCAGUUGUCAGUAUUUAUACUACAUUUUUUUAAGAUUUGCCUUGAGAGAGUCUUUAAACCUCUUUUGUUGACCAUCAGCAUUACGCUUUCCAUUUUUAAGUUUGGAAUAGAGUAGUUGUUUUGGAAGUUGAUAAUCAGGCAUCCGAACAACAUCACCAGUCCAACAAAGUUGAUGUUGAGGAAUCAUUGCUUCGACACUGGUGAUCUUCGCUUCUUCCAAAACACUGGCAUUAGUUCGCCUGUCUUCCCAGGUGAUGUGUAAAAAUUUUCGGAGACACCAUUGAUGGAAUCUUUCAAGGAGUUGAAGAUGACGUUUAUAAGUGGUCCAUGUUUCACAAGCAUACAGUAAGGUUGGUAGUACAGUAGCUUUGUAAACAAGUAUUCCCUGCGAAUGUUCCGGUCCUCAAACACUCUGCACUUCAGUCAGGAGAAAGUUGCACUUGCAGAGCUCAGGCAAUGCUGGAUUUCGGCGUCAGUGUCGGCCCUUGUGGAAAGAUAACUGCUCAGGUAGGAGAAGUGAUCAACAUUUUCCGACAUUGCACCAUUGAGUUGGAUUUGUGGCGCUGCAGAGGGGUUGUUUUGAGCUUGUUGGUGCAGCACUUUGGUUUUUUUGGAUGUUGAGCAAUAGGCCAAGCAUUUUGUAAACUUCUGUGAAGCUAUUUAGGAUGGUUUGGAGGUCACCCUCUGAGUGUGCACACACCACGUUGUCAUCAGCAUAUUGGAGCUCUGUGAUGGAAGUUAUAGUAACUGUACUCUUUGCUUUCAGCCGACUCAAUGUAUAGGAUCAUGGCAAUGAAAAUAAUAAAUAGAGUUGGGGCGAUAAUACAAUCCUGUUUAAUACCUGAUCCCACUGUGAAUGGUUCACUUUGAGAACCAAUGUUACCUGUGAUUGUUGCUGUCAUAUUAUCAUGGAGGAGCUGAAGGAUGUUCAGAAAUUUAUCUGGGCAGCCAAUUUUCAGAAGGACAGUCCACAGGCCAUUACAAUUUAGUGUUGAAGGCUUUAGUCAGGUCAAUAAACGCCAUAUACAGCGGUUGAUUUUGCUCUCUGCAUUUUUCUUGAAGCUGUCGAGUGAAAAUUAUGUCCACUGGUCCCCCUAUAAGGUUGAAACCCAUUUUGAGACUGAGGAAGGGUAGCCUCAGAUAUAGAUAGGAGACGGUUUACUAAGAUCCUUGCAGGAAUUUUGCUGGCUGCAGCUAAUAAAGAGAUGCCUUGAUAGUUUCCACAGUCUGUUCUAUCACCUUUUUUAAAAAAGGUUGAUCAUUUUGGCUCCACCACGUAGCAACAACAUUGCUUGGUUUAUUAUCACACCGUUGUUAUCUAGGGGUGGAAGAGACAGGAGAGCACUGAGUUUUGGGGGCUCCACCUCCUUGAUCAGUGAUCCAGUGGAAUAUUUAAGGAAGCUUGCCUGGCCUCUAGUGCAGUAUCAUUUUGGUACCAGGAAAACAUCUUUCCUGCUUGGCAGGGGGUUGGACUCGAUGGCCCUUGUGGUCUCUUCCAACUCUAUGAUUCUAUGAUUCUAUGAUCUUCCAAAUGAGCCAUCUGCUCAUUUCGAUUUUAUUGCUGUUGCUUUUAUUGCAUAUAUUUUCAUUGCUUUUGUUAUAUAUAAUUUCUCUCUCUCUCUUUUGUUUUGCUCUUUUAUAGCUGCCCUGGGAAAGUUUCUUUGAAGGGUGGGGCAUAAAUAGCUUUAAAUAAUGGGUAGAAGCUGCAGCUAGGUGCUCAUUAGGAGUUGUUGAGUGAGUAGUUUAAAGAGGGUGUUGGCCACAGAGGUACUGUUCGAUUUUUUGCAGGCACCAUCUUUCCCAUUUGUAGGCUUGCUGCUGAUAGCACUGUUUUGAGGUUCACCAGUUUCGGGAGAACAUGCACUUAUGGAGAUAAUAUUCACCCCAUGCAGGAAGUUGCAUCGGAAUUAUCUCUCUGAUUACUGUGUGUUCUGCUUGAUGUGCCCUGGAACUGAUCCUGUGAGGAAGAAUGCAUUGUAUUGGCUAGCAGUACCAAUGAGCGAAGUACUUGCUGUUUAUCAGUGACCGUGUCUGUGCUCCUCAGUGUGUUGGGGGGGGGCUCAUUUAAUUUUAUUGUACACAGGUUGUACAAUGACAAUAAAUGUAUUGUGAUUAUUAUUAUUAUUAUUAUUAUUAUUAUUAUGUGUGGUGUAAGCUUAUGGGAGGCAGAACCUGCAGCAGGGUAGUCAUGGGAAAAAGAGGCUCCUGCACCUUUAGUAAUUGCACAAAGGAGGACAUUUUCAGCUUGGCUACACCAGCUGCAAUUCUCUCUUCUAUGCAAUAUUAAAUAUUAAAGAUGCAGGGCCCCGAUUAUCUUUUUUCACCUGGCCACCCUACUCCCCUUCGUUUCUGGAAACCACUGGGAAAACUGCUGUUUGGGAUGCACAAGUUGAGAGCACUCCUUUAGAAAAGCAGAACUAGCUACCCAGUUCUUUGGACUCUGACUCUAAACCACUUCAGAAGUUUAUAGGUUCCAACACAUAAACAUCAUUUGUCUGCCUUUGUCAGUGACGUACCUCUGAGCCAUGGUGGCUGCAUAUUGCAUCAAAUGUCUCAUGUCUCCUUCAAGUUAGUAUAUAUGUCCAGUUUUAAAAUAAUAAAUUUUACUUCUUUGAAAAGUAUAAUUUUCUGUUCAGUUCUGGCUGAAGGAUUACAGAUUGCGGCUGCUAGACAUUAUGUGGAAAAUUCCACGUUGUUUCCUAUCUGGAGAAAUCUAGCUUUUAAGAGAGUUUCAUUACAGAUCAUUCUGCACGAACAUAAAUGCCAUAGAUUGCAAAAUGGUUUGUAGUGUUCAGGAAGCAAUAUGUUCAAAGAAGAAAAGGAAUCUUAGAAGAUCGACUAAAACUGAUUUAUUUUUUUCCAGCCAAGUGGUUCUCUUGGCUUAACGAGUUAAAAUGCUUUUUUUGGCCUGGUAACCUGUACUGCCUUUGCCAGUUGCACUUAACUGACACCUUUCAACUUCUAUACAGUGGUACCUCGGUCUACGAACAGCCUAGUUCACGAACUAUUUGGAACACAAACACUUCAAAACCGGAAGAAGGUGUUCUGGUUAGCGAACUUUUUUUGGAAUCCGAACGUACUCCGUUCAGGGGUGCACUUCCAUUUUGAGUGCCACACUUGCAUAGGAAAAGCACGCCUUGGUUUAAGAGCACUUUGGUUUAAGAAUGGACUUCCGGAACGGAUUGAGUUCGUAAACCGAGGUACCACUGUAUUAGAAAUGACAGGACAAAUAAAAGAUAGUGGGUGUGAUCCAGCAGAACUUAAGCACGUUCUGGUCCCACAAAAACAAUUAGAUUUAAAGGUGCCUAACUGUGCUUGGACUGUGGUCAGCAAUGACCUAGGUGGCUAAUAAUACAUCACUAAACUUUAAUGCCUGUGCAGCUUUACUCAGAUGAGUUAUAGAAGUACAGUCUGGCAGAAGCAAGAUGUUUGUCCUUCAAAGGGCUUUUUGUCCUUAUGGCUGGACUGUGCAUUUUGCAGUCUUAAGUGCAUCAUCUAUCUCAUCUCAGACACCGACCAUAAUAUGGUGUUGCUGAGUUCCUUUGGGCUGUGUGCUGGAGGUCAGCUGUAUGUGAGAGUAUGUAAUCUCUUAGAACAAUCAUUUGGAUAUUUCACUUUCACCUACAAUUCUCACACUACAGUGGUACCUCAGGUUAAGAACUUAAUUUGUUCUGGAGGUCCAUUCUUAACCUGAAACCUGAGGUUCUUAACCUGAGGUACCACUUUAGCUAAGGGGAGCUCCCACCGCCGCCGCGCAAUUUCUGUUCUCAUCCUGAAGCAAAGUUUUUAACCCGAGGUAUUAUUUCUGGGUUAGCGGAGUCUGUAACCUGAAGUGUCUGAAACCCAAGGUACCAGUGUAUGGGGAAGGAUGUAACCCACAAAAAUACAUCUGCAAAAUCAAAUGUGGGAGGUGCAGCUUGGCUCUGCCUCUCCAAGGUAUAGAGCAUAAUAGAAGGCUGCCCCACGGAACAACCUUCCUUUCCUCCACCAGACAACUGUUGUGCAUGCUAUGUUGUGACCAGGCCCUUUAUUCCAAGGCCCUCCCGGACCUCUCCAGGUACCUCCUGCAGUUGGUUGCUUCCUCAGGCCCUCUGCUUGUAGUCUUCUUUGAGAAAAGCAAAUACCUUCACACAUCCUAUUCAGACACAUCAGAUGGGGCUAUGUUGGUAGCAUGUUAAAUAUAAAGCCUAAGAAACUCCUUUGCACGCUUUGCAAGUAUUCAUGAAACUACAAGGCAAACUCUUCGGGUAAUCGUCAGCAGACUAAAGAGAUGUAUAGGAUUCAAAACAGACCGAAGUUCCUCCAGUUAAAACAACCAGCCCUUGCAUGAGUUAGACUAAGGUAAUUAAUCCCUGUACUAAAUUAUUUCUCAGAUCCUGCAAUUGCAGGGCGGGGGUGAGCCAGGUGUAUAAGGCCAGUGAGUGCCCACAGAACCAAGAGUGCAGAGGUGGCUCCUUUGGAAGCAGUCUACACACACAGUCACUGACCAGUGUUGUCUAAGUGUAAAUUUCCUCCAAGCCUUGACUGCUCUGUUUGAGCCGGUCACCAGUAUGAAGCAAAAACCCUUCCAGUAGCUGUAGCCCCAUCAGUAAAUUAUUUGGGGCAAAGUACCACACAUCCCUGCUUUGUUCUAGUUGUGGGUGCCUCCAAGGAAGAGGGGAGAAAACACAAAUGUCUAUGGUGAGGCAAAAUAUUCCGAACUGUAGUUGGGCACAACCGAAGCACAAUACUGUUCUAUUUAUGUCCAAAGUCCCUGUAAGUGCAGAUUGCAGGUGCAUGUUAAUUUCAAAAUGUACGCUAAAAGUGUACAGUGUGCAGUAACUGAUUUCAGUUUUAGUUUUCAAAAUCGUCCAACUUCAUCUGGAACCCUUGCCUAAUAGCAUGAGACUCUUAAUCUCAGGGUUGUGAAUUCGAGCCUCAUGUGGGGCAAAAGAUUCCUGCAUUGCAGGGAUUGGACUAGUCGACCCUCGCAGUGCCUUCCAACUCUAAUCUAUGAUUCUUUGUAGCUACCACUGUUUAAGAUGGGUUUAGGGAACCUCCUAUGUCUGGCAAACCUAAUCUCACUUGCUCUACCCCUUCCCAAACACCUGUCCCUUUCCACAGGGAAGAAGUCUCUUUCUGAGGAAACUGUGUGCAAAACUUCACACUUCUGGUAGCUGAAAUCUUUCUUCUUCUCUCCAACCAUAAUUUUUAGUGAUAUGCUUUAUAACCAUUUGCUCCACUAGCUCCAUUCUGUCAUAACUCUAUACUGCCUUCAGUGUAUAUAGAGUGCAGUCAUUUCCCCUCCUGCCCCCACCAAACAAUCAAAGGCAUGUUUAAUGCAUUUUCCUCCCUUGAAACUCUAUAGUAGAAUCUCUGAAGUCUACGUGAUGGUCAUGGGGAGUCAAAAUGGUGUCUCCUCGUCUCUCUUCUGUAUGACUGACAACCCAUUCCUAACCCUGUUUUCUGGGAUGAGUGGAUUUUCUUUCUGAGCAGGGCAGCUGGCGGUCUUGUGCAAUUCCAAGUUAGAUGAAUCCAGUGCUAACUACUCUCUGAAGAUUGUUCCCAUAAGGUGGGAGGUGCUAAUGCACUCUCUUCAAUGAGUGAUGUGGCCACGGUACAUCUUAGAGGUUUUGUCCCAGGGAUUUGCACAGUGGCCUAUUUUCGAUGUUGGAUUGCCUGUACUUGACAAGUACCCGUGCUCAUAUUGAUUAACAUUCUGCAAUGUGAGCACGAGUUGCCAGCUAAAAAAACCGGCUGCUUUUGCCACUGUUUCCAUUCACUGCUAAGAUUGCACCUUGAGACGCUCAAACAUGUAUUGUCCUAUUCUUUUGCAUUGCUCUCAGGUAGGCAAGGUGUGCAUUGCCAUUAUGGAUGAGUCAUCUAUAGUCUCCUGAGAUUAGCAAUUCCUGGGGAGAAUAGGCUCCCCCCCCCCCACCUCCCUAAAGCCUUGUGUUGAGAAUCACCUACAGUUGCUUUUGGGCACUGACAUGGUGCUCCGUCUUGUAGCUGCUUUGAAGAGCUAUUGAAUCUUAACUGAAAUCUUUGUGACACUUCCAGAAAACCAAAGAAUUGUUUUCUUUGAAGGGUGAAAGUCAUCGUCUUUGUAUUUUAAGGCAAUUGAAUUGGAGUUCAUUUGCCUUUUUGAAAGAAAGAAAGAAAGAAAGAAAGAACAAUACUAACACAGGCUAGUCAAGAACAGGUUUUCUGCACUUCAAUUCCAUAGAUGUUAGGAGGAGGUGUCUGCUUCAGUUGAUCUGUUUUUCAGUCCAGAUAUCAGGGUGCUGUGAUAAUGAAAGGAGCAAAUUAUGUGCUAGGGAUAAUUGGGAAGGGGGUUGAAAAUAGACUGGCCAAGGUCAUAAUUCCUUCAUAUAAAGUUUGGUGUGGCUGCAUUAGGAACCCUGAUUGUGCCCCAUCUCAGAAAGGAUACAGUAGAGCUGAGAAAAGGGCAGAAAAACAACAACCAAAUUGAUCAAGGUAUUGGGAGCAUCGUUCUAAUAUAAAAAAGCUGAAGCAUCUGCAAAACACUCUUUAGUCAUUUUUCUCCCUAAAGAACGAAAGAGGGGUGUGAUAGAGUUUUACAAAAACCUAUGAACAGAGAGCAGUCCCCGCCUCCCCUCUCAUAGCUCUAGGUCACCUAAGGAGAUGAUUGGCAUUAUUAUACUUGGGGCAGACAAAAGCAUACUCCUUCACACAACACAAAAACUUAAUUUGCAGGAUUUGCUUCCCUGAGAUGUAGUGAUGGCUUGGAAAGGCAAAUCUGUGGAGGGUAGAUCCAUCAGCAGCUAUUUAACCAUGAGGUAUCAUAGAAUCCUAGAGCUGGAAGGGACCACAAGGGCCAUCUAUUCUAGUCCAACCCCCUGCAAUGCAGGAAUCUUGCCCAAUGUGGGGCUCAAACUCAUAAUCCUGAGAUUAAGGUUUUCAUGCUGUACUGACUGAGCUAAAUCUAUGUGAUGGUUAAUGGAAUGGAAUUUCUAGGCAAUAUUUAUUUGCUAUAUUUGUAGAAUGCCUUUUGUCCCUAACAGCUAGCAAGGCCAUUUACGAGAAAAACAAAGGCGAGGGGCUUGCUCAAUUUGUACAACACACCCUGAUUCAAAUUCUGCAUUCCAGUGUCUCUGUUUAACGUGGCUGCAGUAGCAUAGGAAAGUGCCUUAUAAAGAAUUAGGCCUGUGGUCAAUUCUGCUCAGUAGUGUCCGGGAAAAGUGGUCAUCCAGUUGCUGCUGGACUCCGCAACUCCCAUCAUCCCUGACCCAGCUGUGGUGGCUGGCGCUAAUGGGAUCCAGAGCCCAAGAACAUCUGAAGGGCCAUAGAUUCCUUCUCUCUGGUGUAAUUGCCUGGCAGUGGCUUUCCACGGUUUCAGGCAGGAGAUUUCCCCAGCGUUCCCUGGAGAUGCUAUCAGGCAGAGUUUUUGUGAAGUCUUGCAGGCGGUUGUUUAAUUGUCACUCCUCACCCCCUUUUUUCUAUUAAUGAUAACAAAACCAAAAACCAUUUUCUAUCUCAGUACUCCAUGAGUCCAAACCCAGGUUGGCUUGAAUCCUUGGUCCAAAAAGAAAUGGUUGUUGUUUCCAGUGGCACCGUUAGAUGGACAUAGGGAGGCAUAAAAAACGUAACGGGACCCCUGACCGUUAAGUCCAGUUGCAGACGACUCUGGGGUUGCGGUGCUCAUCCCACUUUCCAGGCCGAGGGAGCUGGUGUUUUGUCUGCAGACAGUUUUUCCGGGUCAUGUGGCCAGCAUGAUUAAGCCACUUCUGGUGAACCAGAGCAGCGCACAGAAACAGAGUUUACCUUUCUGCUGGAGCGGUACCUAUUCAUCUACUUGCACUUUGACGUGCUUUCAAACUGCUAGGUUGGCAGGAGCUCACCCCGUUGUGGGGAUUUGAACCGCCGACUUUCCGAUCAUCAAGCCCAAGAGGCUGAAUGGUUUAGACCACAGCGCCACCCGCAUAGACAAAAUUAUCUUCCCCUUCUAUUUACAGAUGGCUCAGAGCGAUUCCUAUGUGAAUCCGUUUUCAGCUACCAGGUUGCAUCCACAUUAAAGCAAGUGAAACAUGGUAAGUACUCUCCAGCUUAUAUAAGAAUUGUCAAUGGAUAUAUCUAUAGUAAAAGUUCCAUAAUCAUAGAAUUGUAGAGUUAGAAGGGACCCUAUUUGCAAGUGGUUUUUUUUUAAAAAAAAUCUUAAUCUAGUUGAUCUCUUGUGAACCUGUUGACACAAUGUUAUCUCAUAUAAUAGAAUUGCAAAAGCAAUAUUUAUUUAUGCAGUCUAGUUCUUGAAACCUCUAUUACUUAGUCCUGCAUUGUAUGCAUAAGAGGAGUAGUAUGAAUGCUGCAUUCAUACUAGGUAGUCUUGUGAGAUGCAAUUCUGCUGUUAAAAGCACACUCUCUGCCCCACGGGUCAGUUGGUUUGAAUACGACCUCCUCUGCUCCUUCCUGGCUCACAUGGUAUAUUGGAGAUCAGUUGGUAUUUCUGAAGUGCCAUCAAGAUGCAAGAGAUCUCUACUGGAUACAUAUAUAUAUUUUUUUGUACUGCAGUUCUGUGAAAAAUGUUCAAAGUGUUAUCUGGUUAGAUUAACUUUUUGUGUACGAAACUAGAUAAUGUACUGUUCCAGCCAUAUUCUGUGGCCCGGCAGAUUGGACAAGAAUCCUUCAGUUGCAAUAAUCAAUCCAAGUGGACUAAAAGUUAGAUGACUGUUCAGAAGUCACAUUCCCUUUCAGAUCUUCAUGUUUACUGUGCAGAAGCAGUUCUACUGGUGUCUUUUUCCGGGGAGUAGAUUCUGGUUAUAUAAAAAACCCUUCUUUACAUUUACUGAAAGCUAUUGUAAUUGUAAUCUGUAGCUCAGUAGUGUAAAAGGGUUUUCCUCUUUGAAGACAUUAAGAGUUUUCCUGCACCCCCUGGGGAAUUGAGUCUCCCACAACUAAAGGAAAGGGGGCUUAUUCACACUUACCUUUCAUCCUGCUUUUUCUAGGCACAGGUGAAUGUACAUCUAGAAUACAUAUAUAAAUAAAAACAAAACUUAAAUUUUGUUGCAGAUUGAAACCAACUUGCUGAAGCGGGGGGGAGACCUUUUCUGUAACCAAUGAAAGAAUUGUCUGCCGCAAGAGACUAUUCAUGGCUGUUAAUGUGUUUCAUUUGAAAAGCUUAAUUGAAAGUUUAUUGCUAACCACAGUCAAAUUUUCUGUUGCAGAUCAGCAAGUUGCUCGGAUGGAAAAACUUGCUGGUUUAGUUGAAGAGCUGGAGGCAGACGAAUGGCGGUACAAACCCAUAGAACAGUUGCUGGGGUUCACUCCUUCAUCGGGUUGAAAGUUUGCUGGUGUGGAAAGAUAAAUCACUUGCACGGUUCCCUUUUAAAACACUUGGCUGUUUUCCAUUGCUUGGACUGCAGUGUAGUAAAGAACGGUCCAUAACUGGGCUGCCUCUUACCAGAGCCAGUAAACUGCAGACACACAAGGUUUUAUUAAAGAAAAAAAUUUAUUCGGUUUUCCAGCAGCCUCACUCAAGAGCUUGUUUCAGGAGGGUGUGAUUGCUGUAACUAAGGAGAUACAAUCAGUUUUUGAAGAAGAACCUGUUUGCUCAAAAGGGAAGGGGUGGCUAUUUAAACUUACAACCCUUUAUGCUGACCUUGGAGCAUGUGUGCUGAAAGUUGGCUGGGUAAUUGGACCCUUGUUACUGUUCAAGUUAAACUCCUGGAGGGCAGAGUCAAAAGGCAACAGGCUUUGGCCUUAAGCUGUCCCUUUGAAGAUGGAUGUGAUAAAACAAUAGGAUAGGAUCACUUGAAGGGCAGAAGAACAUUAACUGUUUCCUGUAUUUAGAUUCCUUGGUUUUUGCUGAGUCUGCGUUUUGUCAGCUGUUUCUCUCUCUUAACUGACUGUGGAAAUAUUGGCAGAAGAUGACUGCUGUUAAAUGCAGAGCAAGCCUCUGAAAAGCAGCGUUGGCUGUCCUUUCCUUUGUUCCAAUUCACUUGAACCGUCUGUUUGGCAAUUAAAUUAUUUCUACUGCUAUGGUGUCUGCUCCUGUAUUCUUUUCAAGGGCUCUGGAGUCGGG